GACAUAAAAGCGCUCAUAGUGCUGGGCUGCUCUAACCAUUUCUCUUUACCUGCUCUUUGCUGUGGAGGGAUCUGUCUCCAUUCCCAUAAGAUGUCUUUCUAUGGACAGAUGAUCAGCUCCCGCUGCCUUGCACCCUGUGAGGUGACCUGCCCGCAGCCAAUGGUGAAUGCCUGUAGCCAGCCCUGUGUUACAUCCUGUGGAGAUUCAAGAGCUGUGGUCUACCCACCACCUGUUGUCAUGACCUUCCCAGGACCCACCCUCAGCUCCUGCCCUCAGGAGAGCAUCGUGGGCAGCUCAGCACCAGCUGGCUUUGGGAGCUCGUUUGGAUACACGAGCUCUCAGGGUCCCAGGGGCUUCUAUGACUCUGGGAGACCGUACACUUACGGGAAGUCAUAUUCUUCCUAUGGGUCCAGUGGCUAUGGCGCUGGGAGAUGCAGAUCAUGUUAAAUGGGCAGUGAAUAAAAUAAAAGGAGCAAUCACUCAGCACAGAGGAGGAUGCAUCUCCACAAACUCUGUUACUGACAUGGCUUUUCUGGGGCAUGAGCACCAUCUCUGAACACCAGAAUUACACGUAUUUAUCAGACUAAUGAUUUAAUUUAGUUCUCUGAUUAUUCUUACCAGUGGCUCAAUAUAAUAACAUCCUAGGUAUAUCAGCAGUCUUUGGCUUGUUAAAAGUUGGACAGCACUGUGUAAAUCUUCCUCUGCUAUGAAAAAGAAAGAGUAAUGUAUGUGGAAUGCACAGCCCUGGAGCAAUUCUCUGCUUGAAGUCUUUAAUGGGACCCUGGCAGUAUAUUGCCUGUAUUUUUCAUGCUCCAUCACAUCUUCUCCUUCUUAUUCUCUCAUUAAAUUGUUCUGCAUCAACA